AGAGCCAGUCUGUUUAGUGCAGCGAGUUGAGAAAGCAGACGACCCAACCCUCGUGCGUAUUCUGCCAUCGAUUUCUUUUGGCGCGCCAACUCGUCUCCAAUUAAACCUUUAUAUGAAAUUACUCCCAUUCGUGGGCUGACCCGGGCACAGCUUCGUGUCAACGGUCGGUUGCGCUUGUGAUAUCAGAGCAUUUUGAUUUUGUCAUCAACCUUGGACGGACGAGAAAAGGACGGCCGUGAACAUGUGAAAGGCCCGAUCGCAAUCUUUUUAGUUCGAGGCCACGUUGCAGAAGAUAGCGAUCCACUGCAGCAGACGACACGAAAUUGAGUUACCGGGGGAAAUGGAUGUGCCCAACACAGCUUCUAGGGAACCAAUUAUCAUCGAUUAUGUGCGCCUGCGUAUCGCAGGUAGUCCAGGCAUGCUUCUAGCACGAUGACGGAUGUCUCCACAGUUGAUCUGUGCAGGUUCAUGUGUGGGUGUUCAGUUGGUGAUCAUUUCAGGUGCCUGUGGUGCCAUCGCUGUGAUGUUCUAAUCUACGAACGUCAGAAUGAACCUAAGACACUGACAAGAAGCGACUUUCAACAAAUGAUUUGAGGGGGUGCAGUUUUAUCAACCCUCAUUUUCUUGAUCGUGCCACAAUGAAAAUGUUUUAUAGCUGCGCAGAGGAGAAGAAAUGAACUAAUUACCAAUUCACCGUAUCAACUGCACAUCGGCCCCGGCGAAUAGUCGGGUUUAUUUCCGUCCGAUGUGAUGAACUUAGCAAUCACUCGGCAGCAGCACGGAAGUGAGGACACGAAGCAGUACAGGCAACAUGCCAUCAAUGUGUAGCCAACCAUUUUUAAAGAGCCAUGCAUCGGAAAUCAGAUUCCGGUGCCGAAAAGAAAACGUAGGAAUCCAGCCGCACAUUUAAUCACCCGAGUGCUUGAUUGCGAUCCCCAGCGUCGGCUGCUGUCGUGUUGUUUUUGACAGCCGGGCCGUCUGCAAACCUCGAGAAAAACAUCCCCCUGACACAGCUCAGGUUAUCAUCAAUAUUCGGUGAUCUCCUAGGGUUCCUCCGUCUUGGAUCAACUUCUCCCUCUUGCCUGAUUUCUCCGAUCUAAUCUAUGCAAAGCCACUCAUCAGGCCUAGCGGCAAGCUCGCCGGGGACGAGCAGCUCUUCUUCCCUCGAUCUCCAAAGAAUCAUUCCGCACAGCACGGUGCUCGUUCCAUCAAGCAACCCGUUUUCUUAUAUCGAGUUCGACGAAUUUGCAGUUGAUGCCGGAGUACAGCUGUGAGUUGCUCGUGAAAAACGUUUAACGCAAGCUUUCCUGUCCGGGAGGCUGAAGGUCCCCAGUCGCCAGAUUUCCGAGGCAUCGUUUACAUUUGGAAUUUCACUGCAUGCUCCCUUCUAUUUCUCCCGCUGACAUUUUCACGGUUCGUUCACAUCGGACUAGCGGUGAAUUCACUCGAGGAACUGGCGCCAUUUUCGAAGCACGCCUCAAUCAAUGUGACUUAUCCAUUUCUCCUUAUCGAAAACCUGCCGGCGGACGAGUUUCAAAAUGAUAUUUGAGCGUGAACCGUGAGAUGCUUGUCGAUGUGUAAAAUCGGAAAUCUGGUUAGUUUGUGACGAAGGUGGAUCUGACGAUCUGGGAGACGCGAUGGCCAUGAAAAAUAAACGCCGCAAACAUCUUGUGAAACAGCAGAUUGGAGUGGUGAUUACAGACCUCGAAAAGGUCAUUUCAGAGCUGAACACCGUCGUCAGGGAACUAAAGGGAGUGCUGAACCAAAUCGAACGGGUAUCAACAUACUUAGACGACGAACAGACGAAACAAGCCGAUGAAAGAGAGGCUAAGAGAAGUAAACGCAUCGUAAAGAAAGCUGCGUGCGUCGUGAAGAGCUGUGAAAAUGGCGUCGUUUUGCCGCGCAUGUGCAGUCCCUGUAAGUCCCUAUCUCAGUUCGUGGCGGUUAGGAACGGCCUGAAUGGUACCAAAUGUGCCUUCUCAAGUUCACCCCAAAAGUGCCACAACGAGUGCUUCCUGCAUUCUAACCUGACCAAGUCGGGUUCCCAGAAUGAGUCGGACGCCUGCACGUGCGGCUCCGGGGACGACGGGAGCCCGCGCCGCGUCGAUUGCUCUGGGGAUUCCUGGUGCUCGAGUCCAAGGCACGACAUCCUCAGCUGGGACCAGCGGUCGUUGUCGUUUCCGUCUCCAGCCCAUAGUUUGACGGCCAGACUGCGGGACAGCAAGGCCAACAGCGGGUCCCAGACCUCGUGUAGUGAGGACACGCAGUCGGCUGAUUUCCAAGCUGACUACAACCGCGACAUUAACACCUGGACUACGUACGCCAUGGUGCACAUCGACGCGUCCAGUGACGCAUGGUCAGCUGAUGAAGCACAACCUGGUAGCGAGGUCUUAUCUCCGACCCACUCGCAUCAUUCUGGGGACAAGCGAAUAAUGCCAGUCUCACCCCUUGUUGUUAAAACGGUAUGACAAUUACAAUAAUUUCGCUAAAAAUGGUCCAAUUAUCAAUGCAAAGGUAUGCGUAAUUCUCUACAGACUUGUCUGUUGAGUUAAAACAGAGAUUGAUCAAAUUAGUGUAAUAAUAUUAGUUACUGAGGUACCGUAGUUAUCUUUAGAAUCAGAAGUGUAAUUGAGGAAGGCAUAAGGCGUGAAUAGUUUAUUUUUACGUAUUUUAUCUUUACAAUGAUGAACUUCAGUUUCAAAAUUAGCAUUCAUGAAGCAUUUCAUCAAAUAUACAACAAAAAUAACUAUAUUUAGAUAUUUUCUUUUUGCGCAAUCAGUUGGAAAUCUUCCAUUGAAAACGGUUUGGGGUUACGAUCAACUCCAGUUAUUACAUCUUGGUAUGAAUGAUUUGAACGGGUCGGAGUAGGGUGAUAAGCACCUUCAUUGAAAUCACUCUCGACAGACUAAACCUACAGCCGUUGGCGAGUUCUUCUCUAAAGAGAAAAAAUGUAAGCGACCCUGCUUCUUAAAACAGUGCAAUAAGUACGCUCAAGAAAAUGUCGGCAGUAACAUAACUGUUUGCAUAGUUCUUAGCAUUAUAGUUUGAAAUAACAUAUUCUAGGGAUCACAUUAGACAUUGAGCUAACCUGUACUGUGUCCAUUCAUCUCCCAUACAAAUCACAUUAGGUUCUUUUGGAUUUGAAAUUUUACGAUUUAUACGAGUACUAGAGUAGAUAUUUUUGCUUGAUAUUUUUAGUGGAAAGUUUAUCGCUCUAAACUGGGCGCUGUAUGAAAAAGAUCAGGCAAGUAAAUUACUCCUAUAUUCAAGCACAUUAUAGGAUAAAUUACAUACAUUGUACAUAAUAUAAAUGGUAUAUAUCAUAAUUAUAAGAUAUUUUCGCGUACGGUAAAAUCAGAGAUAAAUGUAUUGUCGACUCUAUGAAGCCGGUAUCGGAAUCGGUUGUAUAUUUAUAUUAGUCUCCAAUACUAACAUUCAGCAGCCUAACGAUGGUAAAGCAUAAGUAACACGCGUAGGUCAAAAUAGUCGACGUAAUGCCCUCCGCCAAGCCUUGUAGUGUAUACUCGAAGUGUACCACAAUGUAAAUAAUAUUAAAUGACAACUUGAAACACUCAUCAUCAGAGCUUUCUGUGGACUGCCACGCGACGAAUGCAUUGGCUGGAUGUGAUUCGGUCAUUGGUUUGACAGUACCGGAGAAUUCAGGUGAUAAACGAGCGCUGGCUGGCGCGCGAAAAUUCCAAGAUGGCGUACCGGUAGCGGGUGCUUUGCAUGCUCAGACGGGUACAAGUCGAGAACUAACGAGUUGGAAUUUAAACCGCAGACUUGGGUUUACAUUAUUAAAUGGUGAAAAAGAAAACUUUGUAGGUUGUUUUUGUGAACGUAAUACCGUUUCUUCGAAAUUCCAUCUCAGUAUAUACGAAAUAAAGAUCGCAUUCUCUUUUUCAUUAUCAACCCUUUUAACGCCUCGGCACCUUUUACCACUUAAAGGCAAAAUUGAUGGAGUAACGCCUAAGUAUGUAUAAAUUUUUACUACAGCUGUAGAUAUGAACUUUGUAAUCUUGGCCUUGCUAAAAUCACCACUACAUGCACUUCAUCGCGGGGAAUACGCCAUGCAGUCCAAUUCAUAGGUGUCUUUGACCGGGGAGGGGGGUUGUUACUGCGGGUUCGAAUACUCAAUGAAGAGCCGCUGAUUAAGCCAGCCUUGCUUGUAGGGUGUGUGCAUUAUUGAACAGCAAUUACAUUAUCCCUCACCACGUGAGCAGGUUGUCUCGAAAGUCAUAUCGAUCCGCCACUGGCUUAUGCCUCGAGACAAAAAUGCCAUACGAUAUGGGUUUCAAGAUGAAUCUUUCCGUGUAAGCUGAUUAUCUGCGGUAGCCAGCUGUACAAUGAAGUUCGAACGACGUUGUACGGUUCCCAACUCACUAAACAGUAGUCGUGUGGUAACGGCGUGGGUUGUUACGGGGGGUUAACUACAGGGCUUUAUAUAUAGCGUACACAAUCCACGAUCAGUCCCAAGCACAACAAUGCCACUAAGUCUCAAAUGGGAAUGUUACAAAGUAAAACCUUUUAGUCUGAUAUACUGACAAAAUGAUGUGUAACGGAGUGCUCGAUAUCGCAUGGAAAUUGCGCCUGAUCUCGUUUUGUGGGCAAUAGUCCCUUAGGGCACAAGAGGUUUUGAGAAAAAAAUCAGGGUAGUUUUUCGUUGUGAAUCACAGCACGUAAGCAGCUACUGAAAAGAAUUCCAAAUCACUGCUUCUUCUUUUUCUCUGACAACAUGAUCAAAUCCAAGCAAACCAUACCAAAAUACUGGAAUGAGAAAAAUGCUGCAUGAAAGGAGGAAUAGAAAAAAGGAAUUUCCUAGUAGAACGUGCUACAGGGAGCUAUUGCCAUCACAGAAUGUUUCAAAAUCAAUAUUAAUUUAUAUUUCUUGAAAACAGUUACAUUUGUCGCACAUGGCUUAUUCCUACCAAAGGAGCGAUGGUUUCAUUACAUUUUGCCAUCUGGCACUGAAUAAUUUAAACAAACUGUUCUGAAACGGACAGGCAAACAUCGCCCAUAUGUUUUCGUUCUCUGUUUCCGUUGGCGUGACAUCUUGGGUACGGUACUGUAGUUUUCGAAUUGAGGUUAAACAAAUAAUGUUGGCAUACGUCCCUGCAGAUCUUUGGCAUGAUGUACAAUUUCAAACAUUUCGAAUAUUUAUUUCAAAUUACCUGUAGUGUUAUUUUAGAAAUUAUAAGCCUGUGUUGGCAUAACAAACACACAAAAAUAUUUUUAAAUGAGAAGAAAGCUUUAUAACUAAAAAAAUUAAAUUCAAUUCAGCUGUUCAAAUAAUUUCGUUUAUUAAAAUGCGCACAUGGUGGGCAAUUCAAUCGUUAUGAGAAAAUUAAUUUCUUGUGAAAUAAUUUAUUAAUAUUUGACGUGAGCCGUGUACAAGAUAGUUUGAAAAGAAUGGAUUUGUGAUUAAAUGUUUAAUUUUCAAGCAAGCAAUUAAUGUUGAUAGGAAUUGAAUUCAAUUGUUAGAAUUUCAAUUAUUUUAGCUAUUAUUAGAAAUUUAUAUCACAACUUCUUUGAUCGCGAGCACUUUGCAGAGACAAACGAGCGGAGACCUUGGAAUUGAAAUAAAUGAGACGUGAAUGUGCGUUUGACAUGCAAGUCA